AUGGCGGUAGAGCUUCAGCAGAAGCUGCUGCAGGACGCGCAGUCUAUCGACGAAGUGACGCGAUUACUCCGCCACGAGAUUGCAUUGUUCCAGCGCACAAUGUAUAAGAACCACAGCCAACACCGUCGCGCGUCUUUCUUCCAGAACUUGCAGCAUGUGAAGCGCUAUGUACGGGAUAUCAAACUUGAAGCACUGGCUGUCGCAUUUGCCAAGGCCGCAGUUGUUCUCCGACAGUUAGAACUGCAGUCAGGAGCCCAUCAUAUUGCCUGGAAGGCGCUGGCCUCCGAUAUCAAGAUCAGUGCGGACGCUGCGCUGCGGAAGCUCCAGAUCGUUGCUCAAGCUGCGGCAGACGUGAUUUGCGUCGCCCAAAAGGCGUACAAAUGUUUGCUGGUCCAAUUUGCAAUGACGUACUUUAUGCCGUUUGUCCUGACGAUGAACAGCAUCCUCGCUCGGCUGACGAUACUGAUGAAGACAAUCCUUGUGCGAGCAAUUGAGCUCCACGGAGGCAUCACGCUGCUGUAUUUGAACGAAGUGACCAAGUCCAAUCCACUUCGUGCCAAAGUUACUGCGGUGCAGCUCCGCGGGUAUCAGAUUCCCUCCGACGUGCUGCAAAUUGCGAACGCCUAG